GUGCUUUGCUAUAAAUAAUGUCGUUUUUAUCUGGCCGUUAAUUUGAAAUUAUUUGAGAUCAUUUUACUUCAUUUGCUAAUUUUCCAAAGGGCACUCAUUGUAAAUAAGAGAUCAUUAACAUCCCACGAACAGCAACAUCCCAGCCUUUUACUGGCACUCUGCAAAUUCUAUUUUACCUUUUUAUUUUUGCUUGGGUUAUUUCUUCAAGAAAAAUGUUAUUUUUAACACAAAUUUUAAUUAACAAAUAAAUUGCGAAAGCAAGAGUGCCUAAAUUUCGUUAAAAAACAACAAACUCGAUGAUUUGACAAAUACCCAUCUGCCAAUGACAGUUCGAAGAUCAAGAAUGGCCUGACACAAAACCCUGACCAUUUGUGGAUAAGAAAGCCUCACGUGGCCUGGGAUCGAGCUCGCAGCUCCCAAGCCGCAGGUGUCAUGGCGUUGGAAAUCGGGCUUCUCGAAGCGCCCUCGAGCGUCGAGCUGCUGCACGUGCCGAAGGAGAUAACGGCUCGCAUACGACUGGGAACUCUGAUCAAGACGUCACUGAUCACAGAGUUUCCCGUGAACAGACUCUCACCAGAGGCGCGGCAGCUGACAACCGAUGAAGCGGCCGAACUGCUGCUGUCGGCCGGCUCGCCGUGGCGGCGGUACGUGUGGUGGUCGGCCGACGUCCUCCCGCUGCUACAGCGCGCCGUCAGUGAGGACCAGCAGGUCACCCACCGCUACCUGCUGGCCCGCCUGCAGUCGCUCAGCCUGCCCAGACAGAACAUCUCUUCGCUCGGCGAGCAGAUGUGUGCACUGAGCCACCUCAGCAGCUGCUCCCUGGCCUGCAACGACCUCACCGAGGUUCAGGGUCACGACCUGCCGCGGUCACUGAGGUCACUGCAGCUGUACGGGAACCGACUGGCCGCCGGUCUGACAGCCCUGCUGACCCGCUGUCCGCCGCUCGAGUACCUGGGACUCGGCAGGACCCAGCUGACAGACGACCACCUGCCGGAGCUGGGCGCCCUUCUGAGCAGCAGCCUGCCCUCGCUGCGAGUGCUGGACCUGUCGGACAACUACAUCUGCGACCUGUCCAGGAUCACAGAGCUCGUCACCAUCGCGUCCAGCAUCCGCUCCAUCAGCCUCUCCGGCAACCCGGCGUUUCUGGCCAGCGGCUACUACCAGCACUUUACCUCCGGUCUGGGUCGGCUGCUGCUGCUGGACGGUGUACUGCUGACAGACGAGCUGCUGGCGGACCUGCAGAGGCAGCUGGAACCCGCCGAGGAGCCCGAGGAGUCGGCCAGCAAGAAGAAGAAGUCCGGUAAGAAGAGCCCGGCGCGGAAGGGCUCGCGCCGGCCGACCGUGCAACUGGACGCGGUUCGGUUUGAGCCGAGUUUGACCGGCGCCCUGGUGCGGGUCACAGGCGCCGUCUACCUGCCCUUCGUGCCAAAAGACCAGUACCCGGGCCAGGAGCUGUGUGUCGUGUUCCAGUGGGCGGGUGACCGGCGCUGUCCCUCGCCGUUUUCGCCUCCCUCGGCUCAGGCCGGCGGCCCGGGCUCUGAGGCGGAUCGGUCGGACGGCCUGUGCCCGCUGGAGGCGCUGCUCCAGGAGAAGUCGGACGUCUCGGCGCUGGACACGCCGCUCGAGUGGCACUGCACCGACCUCAGCGCGCUGCGUAACGCUCUGCUCCACUGCCUGCACGUCGAGGUCUUCAGGAGAGAGAAAUGGACACCACCAAAAACAUCGAAAAAAGAUAAAAGCAAGGAUGCAGAGAAGGGGAAAGAACAGAAGGAUAAAAAAGGAGAUGAGAAGAAGGAAAAGAAAGGCAAGCAAAAAGAAAGUGGAAAAGAAAAGAACGAAAAGAAAAAUAAAUCUGGUGAAUCUGAUGGAAAUACGAAGGCGAAGGAUAAGGGCGCCAAAGAUGGAAGCGCACCAACGAAAAAGUCAGCGGAGGGCGGCGCGGACCAUGCAGACGGCCCGCCUCCUGAGUACAGUCUGGGCAGUGUGCUGCUGCCGGUGCGGGCGCUGCUGAGGCCGGCGAAACAGCUGCUCCUGCAGGGUACAACGUCCAGUGGAGGGACCACGGCGGCGGUCACAGAGACGACAUGGAUGGAGGCGCUAGUGAACAUUCAAGAAGAGAAAAAGGAGAGGAGAGCAUCACUGAAGAAGUCAGAAAAAGAGGAAAAGGGCAAAAAUAAGCGGCUGUCAACAUCGGCGAAAUCGACAUCUAGCAGGAAGAAGGAGAAACCUCCCGAUCCGGUGAUACGGUGUUUCUUUACCAUCGAGCUGUACAGAAAACCCCAGCCGGAUUCUAACGUCGAACUGGUGACUUACAUGCCGAUUGAUGAUCUGUACUAAACUACCAAACUCUCUAAUCAUUGAUGAAAAUUUUUGCUGAAAGCCUAGCGAGUGUCCGUAAAGAGACACAGCUACCUCGGUUUAUCCUCUCCCUCAGUCAUCAGUCAUUAGCGGCGGAAACUAUCAGUACCUACAAAAUUCAAACCAUUGAACAAUAUCAGCAUUUUACACACAUACCUGACGGAUAAAUAUUUGUUUGCAGUUACACGAAUAAACCUUUGCUUAGCAAA